AUGUUAGGAAAUAUGCAACUUGUAUUCCCAGGUGGCCAUAGGCCAGUAUAUGUGUGGUACAAUAUGCAGAAAGCCCCUUAUAGAACGGGGAAAAUACAAAAGAUGGAUUUGAAGGACAGCCUCUCCAGAUUUAAGCAGCAACAGGAGAGGUGCCAGUCAUCUUUGGCCAGCAUAGCUGCAAGCCAAGCUUCAACCACAAAACCAAAGCACAGGGCCCAACCGAUUAAUGCUCCAUCUGCUCCAGCAAGGCCUGCACAACCUAUUAAAUUUUCAAACGAUACAGAAAGGCUGCAACAUAUUAAUUCGAUUAGGAAAUCUCCUGUUGGGGCACAGAUCAAACUUGUCAUUGAACUGCUUUACAAGACAAGACAAGCUUUUACGGCAGAGCAGAUAAAUGAUGCAACUUACGUUGAUAUCAAUGCUAAUAAGGCUGUCUUUGACAGUCUGAGGAAUAACCUCAAAGUACAGUAUGAUGGGAGGCGUUUCUCGUACAAGUCCAAGCAUGAUCUGGAGGGGAAAGAUCAACUACUUGAUUUGAUAAGGUGUCACCAGGAGGGUCUUGCUGUUGUGGAAGUGAAGGAUGCAUACCCAAGUGUGUUGGAAGAUUUGCAGGCUCUGAAGGCAGCAGGUGAAGUUUGGCUGUUGUCAAACAUGGAUUCACAGGAGGACAUUGUUUACCCUAACGAUCCAAAAGUGAAGAUCAAGGUUGAUGAUGACCUGAAGGAGCUCUUCCGUGGGAUUGAGUUACCGCGUGAUAUGGUUGAUAUCGAAAAGGAGCUCCAGAAGAACGGCAUGAAGCCGAUGACCGACACCACCAAACGACGAGCAGCAGCCCAGAUCCAUGGCGUGAAACCCAAGGCUAAGCCUAAGAAGAAGCAACGCGAGAUAACUAAACGGACCAAGCUCACGAAUGCCCAUCUGCCUGAGCUGUUCCAACAUCUUAAAUCUUGA